ACUUUCCAUUAUCUCACUGCCUAUAUCUCUCUCUCCUAUUUAUUCCUAGUAGCUGACUAUUAACACACAACUAGGAACACCAGCCAUUUUAAUUUCACCUACAGCUGUUGCUUCUUCUUCUUCUUUUCUUCUUCUUUCUUUGUGUAUCCUUAAGGGCCAAGCACUACAAUAUGGCCAAAGGAAAAUUGGCAGUGGUCCUUUUGAUUUUGGUAGUAGCAGUAUGUACUGUGAACGCUACCAAUUAUAAGGAAGAAGAAGAAGCUGACAGAAUAAUAUCUUUGCCAGGUCAACCUAAGGUGUCGUUUCAGCAGUAUUCAGGCUAUGUCACUGUCAAUCAAAUUGUUGGUAGAGCUCUCUUUUACUGGCUUACUGAAGCUGAUAAUGAACCUUUGUCUAAGCCUUUGGUUGUUUGGCUUAAUGGAGGUCCAGGAUGUUCGUCAGUGGCUUAUGGUGCAUCGGAAGAAAUAGGGCCAUUUAGGAUAAACAAGACAUCUUCAGGGCUGUAUCUGAACAAAUUUUCAUGGAACAAAUUGGCCAAUUUACUAUUCCUGGAAACUCCAGCAGGAGUUGGCUUUUCCUACAGCAACAGGUCGUCUGAUCUCCUUGACACCGGGGAUUAUCGCACUGCUAAGGACUCUCUGCAAUUCCUUAUCCACUGGAUGAAUCGCUUCCCACGCUACAGACAUCGCGAAGUCUACAUCACCGGAGAGAGCUACGCUGGUCAUUACGUCCCUCAGCUAGCCAGAGAAAUAGUCCAUUACAAUGCCAAUUCUAAGAACCCAAUCAACCUUAAAGGAUUCAUGGUGGGUAAUGCUGUGACAGAUAAUUACUAUGACAACCUGGGAACAGUGACAUAUUGGUGGAGCCAUGCUAUGAUCUCUGAUAAGACAUACAAGCAACUGGUAAACACUUGUGAUUUUCGACGCCAUAAAGAAUCAAACGAGUGUGAAUCUUUGUACUAUUAUGCUAUGGAUCAAGAAUUUGGUAACAUUGACCAAUACAACAUUUAUGCUCCUCCUUGUAACAAUUCUGAUGGUAGCACCUCAACUAGACAGACCAUGAAUUUACCCCACCAACCUUACAAGAUGUUCAAGCAGCUAUCAGGUUAUGAUCCUUGCACGGAGAAGUACGCAGAAAUUUACUAUAACAGGCCUGAUGUGCAGAAGGCUAUGCACGCGAACACAACUGGAAUUCCUUAUAAAUGGACAGCCUGCAGUGAGACUUUGAAUCGAAACUGGAACGAUACAGAUGACUCAAUUCUUCCAAUAUACAGGGAACUAAUUGCUGCUGGUUUGAGAAUUUGGGUUUUCAGUGGUGAUGUUGACUCAGUGGUGCCUGUCACGGCUACAAGGUAUUCUCUAGCACAGCUCAAGUUAUCCACCACAAUUCCAUGGUACCCUUGGUAUGUCAAGAAACAGGUGGGAGGCUGGACGGAGGUAUACAAAGGGCUAACAUUUGCAACAGUGAGAGGGGCAGGACAUGAAGUGCCAUUAUUCAAACCUAGAGCUGCCUAUCAACUCUUCAGAUCAUUUUUAAGAGGAGAACCACUUCCCAAGUCAUGAUAGUGGCGAGACUAAAUUAUUGUCUAUUUGUCAACAAUUUCAUUUGCAAAUCUUGGUUAAGAAAGAAAAAGAAUUGUCAAGUUGAACAAGAAUUGUUUCAACUUUAAAAAGAAAGUUGAUGUGAAAGAGAGAGGGGGUGUAACAAUUAGGACUUUGGGAUAUGAAAAAAAAAAAAGGGUAUCAAUUUGUUGUACGUUUGUAACAAUAUUAUUAGGUAGAUGGGGUUUGAAUUCUACUCCACGUGUUUUAGGAAAAAAUGAAUUUUCUUAAUUUUCAGAUUUCAAGUAUUCCAAUAAAGAAGGGUUGAAUUGUUAGCAAUA